CUCCAGCUGUGUUCAGAGCAUCCGAACAGCAUCCCCGCCUCCACCUCGCCGGGUGGAGGCCCAAGCUACCGGGUGGGGGUGAGAUAGGGAUCAAUCCCUGGGCACUCCCAUCACCCCUGCGAUGGGAGGGAGAGAGGUUGGUUGUUCAGGCCGCCUCAGUGCCCAGCGAGGGCCCUGAAAGGAGGGUGAGUGGGAGAGCGAAGAGGAUUGGGAGGCGGGGGCGGGCUCUCGAGUUCCUGGGUCCAGCUCCAGGCUUUUUCUCCCAUCUCCUCCUCCUCCUCCCGGCCCCGCCUCCUUCCUCUCGCCCUCCCCCUCCUCUUUUAAGAGUGGCCCGCUGCUGCCUCGCUUGUCGAUCAUCCCUAGGGGGGCCACCGCAGGGGAUGGCUGCUCAGCGGCUCGGCAAGCGGGUCCUGAGCAAGCUGCAGUCGCCCUCCCGGGCCGGGGGCAGCCCUGGCAAUAGCCCCGGGGGUCUGCAGAAGCGACACGCCCGAGUUACGGUCAAGUACGACCGGCGGGAGCUCCAACGGCGGCUGGACGUGGAGAAAUGGAUAGACGGUCGUCUGGAGGAGCUGUACCAGGGCCGGGUGAGGCCGGAGCCCCCGGGGAGGGGGCGGGGUUUCGGAUCAGGGGUGUGGAGCCCACUGGGAUGGGGAGAGAUGCGGGGCACCCCAAGGCCGGGGAGGCUGUCGUUUACCUUGCCUUCCCAGACGCUUUCUGACGGGCUCUUAAAAAGGGCCUUUACAACGUUAGAAUGGACCUAUUUGUGGAUCUUCGAAGGUCAGAAGCGCAAGGACCUUUGAGAAUAUUUAACAGAACCUCGUCCCGCCCCGUCCCCCUCCCCCCCCCACAUUUGGCAGAUAAAGAAACUGAGGCUCAGGAAUCCAAACUUGAACCAGAAGGAAGGGGUUGUCUUUCUCUCUUGACUGUCUGUUCGGGGCUGUCCCCUUCAGUGUUUCCUCCCUCGAGAUUUGCUUUGGUCACUCUCCCUUAUCUUCUCCAUAGUCAUUCCCCCAUCAUCCAUCCAUCCCCCAUCCCAACAAGCCCCCAUCCCAUGACCCUCUGUGUGACCGGGAGCAGGGGAGGACCUUCGGAGGGACCAGAAAUACUAUGGAUAAAGUGCACAUAUGGAUAGGUAGCCACACAUCCAGUGCCAACAGUAAUGGUGGCAGUGUGGGCACUGGGUGACACAGACACAUCUGGAGACCUGAACGCACUCACAGGCACCCUCCUCUAAGAAGUAGCUUCGGAUUAACAGAGCAAAACACCCAAAGGCACAAGGAGGUACACACACAGGGGAAUAGCCAUGGCCCUGAAGGGAUGCCCGAACCACACAAGUUCAGCCCAGCAGACCCCCCCACACCCCGAUCUCUGAUCAGAGGGGCCACUACAGUCGGCUUCCUGAUUCUGGCCAGUCUCCCCAGCCAGCAGGAACCUAUGUAAACAACACUUCUUUCUGCCUGGAGCAGGAUGAGAAUGUUUGGUGUUUAGGGGAAGGACUGGAAGAUUUCCAGAAGGCAGAACUCUUGAUCUCUCAGUCUGAUGCAGGGGGAGGGAGGGAAGUAGAGCCAGGAGACAACUGAUUUCCACCUCCCCCCCCUCCAUCUCCCCUACCUCCUGAUAGUCCUAGCCUCUCCCCCCCCCCGCCCCCCCCGCUUGCCCCGGCUCCUGUCUUCCUUUCCUGGGGCACAGCUGGGUCCUAUCCCUGGAAGCUGGCAGGAAGCCAGACCGAAGCCUGGGCAGAUAGCCCGAAGCCCAGUGCUAAGAACUGCCAGGUGCCCCCCAAUCCUACUCUCUCCAGUAGGGUGAUCGGAGACAACAAGGACCUCUCCUGGAGACAAACAGCAUCAUCUUGGGCUGGCUGAGAGGUGCCCGAAUAACUUCGCGUCACCUCUUGAAUUUUUAGGCUGAGUGCCCUCUCUUCCAUUCCCACUCCCAGAGUCCCAAGGGAACCCAGGCAUCCUGGAGCUGUGAUCCACAGGAACAACCAGUUCCUU